AUGGGGGACAACAAUGUCGACCUUUCGCACCACCUGUCCCCUGAGGCUAGGAAUCGAGUUGCCAAUCCAGUAAAAGAUAUAUUGCGCGUAAUCAGCGAAUGUCCAGUCCCAGAUCUAAUCAGUAUGGCAAAUGGCGAUCCUCAUCAUUCCCUUUAUCCUUUCCGUAAAAUCAUGUACGAAGUACCAUCUGUACAGGAUACAGAUGAUCCAGUCACCUCAUGGCGGAACAACUCUGGCAUCGCCCAGAUCAUACAUUCCUACAGAGAUCAGGAGUGCGCACUGUCCAUUCGCGACGCCUUCCCGUAUUCCCGAGCUGCUGGUCUCAAACAAUGCAGAGAUGCGCUCACCGAUUUCAUAAAGUUAAUAUUCGAUCCGCCAGAUCAUCAUGUAACCUUGACAAUGGGGAACUCUGACGGUAUCACAAAGGUUUUUCGUCUCUUCGGGGACAAGGGUGAUCAUUUCUUGACCGACGAGUUUUCUUUUCCCAGUAUGACAAACUGUCCUCUCGCAUACGGCGUAAAGUGGGUCGGUGUCAAUAUGGAUUCUGGUGGUAUCAUUCCUGAGGAGCUAGAAAAAAUCCUCAUCACGUGGGACGAGGCGAAAGCAGGACGACGACCUCAUGUUCUCUACAUCACUCCCGUCGGCCAGAAUCCAACCGGAUCAACGCUGAGCGUGGAUCGUCGCAAGAAGAUUUAUGCCAUCGCACAAACAUGGGAUUUAAUUAUCAUAGAAGACGAUCCUUACUAUUUCCUGCGAUACGAUAUCCCUUGCGCACAAGCAGAUCCUGAUGAAUUUAUCAAGAAUUUUAGAACCACUUUGAUACCUACAUUCUUGUCAAUGGAUGUUGAAGGCCGCGUGCUUCGUAUCGACACCUUCAGCAAAGUACUCGCCCCCGGAAUGCGAUUGGGCUGGAUCACGAGCAACAAACUUUUCCAUCUAAAAUUAGCAGACUACAUCGAUUCAUCGACCCAGCCUCCGCACGCCUUCGGACAGAUGUUCAUCACAGAGAUGCUCAGCGAUCACGGCUGGAAAAUAGAGGGCUUCUGUCGGUGGUUAAGAAGCCUAUGCCUGGACUACCAAUCCCGCCGUGAUUUCCUCCUAGACGUCUUCCGGCGCGAAGUAGAACCCACCGGUUAUGCCAGCGUGAACUGUCCUGAAGCGGGGAUGUUUGUGUGGAUAGAAGUUUUUGUCGAGAAACAUCCUCGGUUCGUUCGCGAGCGGUGUUUUGGUGAUGGCUCGUCUGUCGUUCCACGGACUAAUACGGAACGACUUUUGAAGGAGCUUUUUGAGAGAUUGAUGAAUGCGCACGGCGUCGUGUUCAUGCCGUCUUCUACGUUUGCUAUUCCAGAAAAUCCCCUUUGGGUGGAAAGCGAGGGGCAUGUGCCAUUGAGCGAUCGCUGCAGGUUUCUGCGCGCGACGUUCGGUGGUACUGAGGAUAUCAUAGAGAAGGGCAUGAUACGCCUUGGCAAGGGUCUGCGGGAAUUCUUUCAAGAUUAG